CUUCCCCUCUCCGGUCUUCUCUGCGCCCCUCGCCCGCCUCUCUCUCUCUGUCGGAAGAGAGGCAGAGGAGACAGAACAGUACUUUUUUUUUUUUUCUCUUUUUAUACUACUACUACUAGUACAUCUGUAGAAUCGGGCGAUUAUUCUCGAUCCGCUGUUGAAUUUGCGGCGCCAGAAUGAACGAGAAGGCCUCCGUCUCCAAGGAACUCAAUGCCAAACACAAAAAGAUAUUGGAGGGGCUUAUGAAGUUACCAGAGAAUCGGGAAUGCGCUGAUUGUAAAACCAAAGGUCCCAGGUGGGCCAGCGUUAAUCUAGGAAUUUUCAUAUGCAUGCAGUGUUCUGGAAUCCACAGAAGUUUAGGAGUACACAUAUCAAAGGUUAGGUCUGCCACAUUGGAUACAUGGCUUCCAGAGCAGGUCACAUUUAUUCAAACUAUGGGAAAUGAGAAGUCAAACAGCUACUGGGAAGCUGAACUGCCUCCAAACUAUGACAGAGUUGGAAUUGAAAAUUUUAUUCGUGCAAAAUAUGAAGAUAAAAGAUGGAUACCUAGGCAUGGAUCAUCUAGAUCACCUUCAAGGGCACCAGAGGAGAUAACAUCUGAAUUUCAGCAGAGGCAUAAUGGUACAGUCGGGUGUAAAUUCACCAACAACUUAAAUUCCGUAGAGGAGCAACGUAAACCUUCACAGUUAAAUGCCAUGAAAAAUAACCCAGUGGCACCUGAAGUACCCAGUCAGGUUUCCUUGGUAACAAAAGGGGAGGCAAUCAUGCACAAGACUGAUUCUUCACAAUCUCCAGCUCAGUCUAAAGCAGAUGUGCCACACAAAGUUGAUACGCCAGCACCACCUCCAAAAGUUGAUUAUGUAUCUGAUCUUUUUCAUAUGCUUACAGUGGAGACCCCUAGUGAGAACAGUUUAGAAUCAUCUUCCAAAGAUGAUAAUUCAUGGGCAGGAUUCCAGUCUGCAGAGGUGACAACUGCUGCAGACCAAAAAUGUAGCACAAAACCAGUUGAAAAUCCAAGGCAAUCAAUAUCAGGAAUUGAGGACUUAUUCAAAGAUUCUCCACCUCUGAUGGUGUCUUCAAGUUCAGUCAAGUCCCAGGCAAGCAUAAAAAACGACAUUAUGAGCCUCUUCGAAAAGUCCAAUAUGGUGUCACCAUAUUCCGUUCAUCAACAGCAGCUUGCAUUCCUUUCCCAGCAACAGGCUAUUCUUAUGGCUGUUGCUAAAUCAGGCACUGUGAAUCCAACAUUGUCUGGGAGUUCCAAUCAACCAGCCGUUACUGGCUUGCAUGCACCUAACAUAAAUGUCCUAUAUCAAAACUGGCCCAACAUUGGCUAUCAAGCCCCAGGAGUAACCCCACUCGAUGGUCAAAAGGAUUUCAACAACUUCAGUCAGCUUGGAAAUCUGAUGCAAGGACAUCCUUCAGGGAAUUACAGUCAUAUUCAUACAUCCGGGUAUACUGACCACCCUCCCAUUAGGAUGUACUCUAGGGGAUUGCCUUCGGUGAUCAAUGGAGCAGCAACUAGUGGAACAAGUAAAGCUGUGGCUUCUCCAGCCUCUGUUGUCACCUCCAACAAAUCAGCCAAAGAGUACGACUUUUCCUCGUUAACCCAUGGAAUGUUACCCAAACAUUGAAGUCUGUUCACUGCAGUUCCAGAAUCGAAUGAGGGCUUGGUUCCUCUCGAAGUGGCGAUUUGCGGUCACUUCGCUGGCUUCCUUUGUAUUGCUUAUGUUGACUGUUUUGUGCCAUUGUUUCAUAUAGUGAUUCAGAUGCAUGGUCAGGUGCCAUGGAUUAGUACUACAUUCGAGAAGUGCCUACUCGAGUACUUAAUAUUUUCUACAUAAACAGCAAUCCUGUCAGUCAUUAAUUUGCUUCCCCGUGUUUUGCGUA